AGUAUUACAGUUAUAGUAACACAUGGUAGGAUUACUGGGAAACAAAGUUAACCUCUCCCCUUCUGAAGCCAUUAUAUCAGGAGCGUUAAGUGGUGUAACUACCCGGGCAGUUAUCUCUCCUUUUGAUGUUGUUAAGAUACGAUUACAACUCCAUGUUGGAAAGAAGCAGGGGGGAAGGAACACGGGACUGGUAAAUGCUGUGUCCACCAUCUUCCGAGAAGAGGGAGUCCGGGCAUUCUGGAAAGGGCACACCGCCUCCCAGCUACUAUCAGUAGUGUACGGAGCUGUACAGUUCGGAAUGUUCACUAAAGUUAGUCACGUGAUAGAGGAACUCUAUCCUGGCCGCUCUCCUGAUACUCAACCUCUUGUUAGUUUUGUAUCAGGAGGAGUAGCGGGGACGGCGGGUAGCUUCUUCUCGCAGCCUCUUGACUUAGUGAGAACGAGAAUGGUUAUGCAGCGCCACCAACUUACGUACACGAGUACAGGGGAAGCAUUUCUCAGUAUCCUCCAGAAGGAGGGAUUUAGAGGUUUCUACAGAGGUUUAAUACCUAAUCUCCUGCAAGUGGUACCUAGUGCUUCCCUACAGUUCGGGGCUUAUAGUUCUUGUAUACUCCUCUAUACCAAGGUGCAAGCUAUCGAAAAGGAGCGUUUAUCGAACAAAGAGAGUUUCCUUUUUGGAGCAGUUUCUGGUGUGUUCGCCAAGUGUGCAGUCCUUCCCUUUGACGUUACCAAGAAACGAUUACAGGUACAAGGAUUUAGAAAGGUGAUACAAGAGGGAGGGUUAGAAAGUGUACCAGUUUACAAGGGACUUGUUCAUUGUGUUACAACAGUGUACAAACACGAGGGUAUACUCGGCUUCUACAAGGGUGCUUUGCCUAGCUUACUAAAGGCGUUUGUCUCUACUGGUACCACCUUUAUGACGUUCAACUUCUUUUCUGGGCUUGUCACAGCCUCCAGGACAUACAGAAACGGUCUGAGCUAAUUAGUAUACUUGAUAGGGACUUUGGUAGGAAACUAGUUUAUUUAUUAUCAACUAAAAAUUACGAGAAACUAAAAUGACAGUUCAUUACUUAAAUUAAUCAUACACAACAACAUCCCUAGCUGAAGACGAAUUACAUAAUAUGUAUUGUGAAAGCUCCUGCUAAAACAAACUUUUCGUAUCUCUCUUAUAUGUUUAAACAAAUCCCACUUCAUGCUCCUUCAUAAUAUUUACUAUCAUAAUAUUUACUAUCACGUGUUUACUACCCCUUUCAUGAUUCAUUACCUUAUAUUUGCGUACUCUUUUUUGUUACCCGGUUGGAAAUUUAAUUUAUAGCUAAAAUAGCUAAAAAUAGGACCGAAAGUUUAUUUUAUCUUUUUUAUUGUGACUGUGUUUGUACUAGUAUUUUGAUCUAAAUUAUUAUAAGAAAUGAAAUAUUCGCAUAUCAGUCAGGUUAGGGGAAAGGUUUUGGAAAAGCUAACAGUAACUUAUACUCAAUAGCUAUGACGUAUAAAAUGGUUUACGAAGGGCUGAGGGAGAGGUUCUAAAAUAGUAAACAUCUGGCUUGAUUAAUAUGUUUACAUUAUCAUAAGAUAUGCGAAUGAUUCAUGAUAAGUUUUGUUAAUUUAUUUCUAGGAGAAGUUUAUUUUAAAUAUUAACCGUGAAAGUUUGUUUUCAGUAAGUGAUGUUUUGAUUUAAGUGUUAACCCAU